GCUGAUCCUCGUUGCGCUUCCAGCUCCAGGCGGCACCGGGCGUCCCAAGAUGCCGAAGAAUAAGAAGCGGAACACACCGCACCGUGGUGGUGGCGGCGGCGGCGCAGGAGCAGCAGCAGCGGUAGCAGCAGGUGGCCAACAUCGAAAUGUGCAGCCUUUUAGUGAUGAAGAUGCAUCAAUUGAAACUAUGAGCCAUUGCAGUGGUUUCAGUGAUCCUGCUAGCUUUGCUGAGGAUGGGCCAGAAGUCCUUGAUGAAGAAGGAACUCAAGAAGAUUUAGAAUACAAACUGAAAGGAUUCAUUGACCUCACAUUUGACAAGAGUGCGAAGACAAGGCAGGCUGCUCUUGAAGGCAUUAAAAAUGCAAUGGCUUCUAAAAUUCUUUAUGAAUUUAUUCUGGAAAGAAGAAUAACAUUAACAGACAGCAUUGAACGCUGCUUAAAGAAAGGAAAAAGCGAUGAACAACGUGCAGCUGCAGGACUGGCUUGUAUUCUUUGUGUACAACUGGGGCCUGGAAUUGAAAGUGAAGAGGUUUUAAAGACUCUUGGACCUAUUCUAAAGAAAAUAAUUUGUGAUGGAACAGCCAGUAUCCAAGCUAGACAGGCUUGUGCAACUUGCUUUGGAGUUUGCUGUUUUAUUGCCACAGAUGACAUUACUGAAUUAUAUUCAGCUAUGGAAUGUUUGGAAAAUAUCUUCACCAAGUCAUACCACAAAGAGAAAGACACUAAUGGCAUCUGCAGCACCCCUAAUACAGUGCUUCAUAUCAGCUCUCUUUUAGUAUGGACAUUGUUAUUGACUAUCUGCCCUACAAAUGAAGUGAAGAAAAAGCUUGAGAUGCAUUUACACAAACUUCCAAGCCUUCUAUCUUGUGAUGAUGUAAACAUGAGGAUUGCUGCUGGUGAAAGUUUAGCUCUUCUUUUUGAACUUGCAAGAGAAACUGAUAAUGAUUUUUAUUAUGAAGACAUGGAAUCCUUGACUCAGAAGCUCAGAGCUUUGGCUACAGAUGGAAAUAAACACAGAGCCAAAGUUGACAAAAGAAAGCAGCGAUCUGUCUUCAGAGAUGUUCUGAGAGCUGUGGAGGAGCGUGAUUUCCCAACAGAAACUGUUAAAUUUGGACCUGAACGUAUGUAUAUUGAUUGCUGGGUCAAAAAACAAACCUAUGAUACUUUUAAGGAGAUUCUGGGAACUGGGAUGCAGUAUCAUCUUCAGUCAAAUGAAUUUCUUCGGAAUGUAUUUGAGCUUGGACCACCAGUGAUGCUUGAUGCUGCAACUCUUAAAACAAUGAAAAUUUCUCGUUUUGAAAGGGUAGGUUUUAAAAAUAUCUUACUUGGAUCUAAAAGAAAAAUCAAACUAAAAAUAACAUUUUUCACUAUAAAGCAGAUUUUAACCAUAAUCUUCCAGUAAUUUGGGCUUAAUGAUUUACAUUAUUGUGAUGAUGCUGCUGUUUACUAUGACCUUGUGUUUAUUUCACACUUUGUGUUGGGAUUUUUUUUCCACAUUCCUGAAUUAUGGUUUGAGCACCUUUUAAAUCAAUUGCAUGGUCUACGUGACUUCCUAUUUGUGCAUGUGUCUAUACACACAUACUCACACACAUGUGAGUGGCAGGUGUAUAUAUUAUGAAUGACAAAAUAUAAAUGGCCACCUAGGAAUGACUUAUAUGUACUCAAAGGAGAUCCCCUUUCUCUCCUAGCUCCCUAAAGAUUUCUCUCCUCCUUUAUUUUACCCCAACCCUUACACCCCUUCCACAGCUGCAUAUGUUACUACUACCUGGGAUUCAUCCCCAAUCUCUUAGGUUCUCAUCUUGUAUGGCUACCUUGGGUCUGGAUUCUGUUUCAGUAUGGGCUGGCUAGGGAAAAAGGGAAAGUGAGAAAGGGUGGAGCAAAGGCUAGAGGCAUGCUUGUAGAGUUGUACAUUAGAGGUUCCUUAAACCUUUGUGCUCCAUCAUAUGAAUCUAAACAUGCAGAUUGUGAUAGAGAUUUGAAGAUAGAGGUUUUGCAGGACUUGUGGACCAAGAUGCAAAGAAUGCAAAAGUCAGGGUUCCAACAGAAUGUCCCCAGUUGGUGGCAGUUUGAGCUGACAGGGGGGAAGGGCUUUUGAACUUGGUCUCUCUCUGGCUCUGUGCAUUUGGAGCUGAGGAGGGGGCUUUUGGUCUCUGUGUCUGGCACUGGAAGUCACUUUUUUCCCUGGAGGCUUUGGCUGGCCACACUCUGAGAGGAGAAACUGGGCUUUUGGUCUCUGGGUCUCUGACUGGGGGACACACACUUGCUCCCUGGAGGUUUGAAGUUGGCUGAAAGACUUUUGUGAGGCUGACUUGACUUUGCACUUUGUCUCUGGCUCUGAGCAAUGGAAGCUGAUCAGGGGAGAAGCUUUUGAGUUGGUCUAUAUGAGAGAUCUGACUGAGUUGUGAAGAAGAAAGAUCUUGAAAAGCCAUUGACCUCCAUCUUUUUAACUUGUCUAAGAGACACACUUGUGACUCCCCAAAUCCUCAAUUUUACCUCAUUUAGAUUAGGGACUUCCUCAUUCCCCUUACCUCAGUUUCCCAUUCUAUUACCCAAUUAACUCCUUGACUGAGAAAACAACUAGAGUAUCAUUAUAGUUAACUCAGGAGGGAGGGAAGGAGCCGAUGGCUUGAAGAAAGAUUGGGGAGAUGAGGGAGGCAAAGGAGGGAGUGAGGGAGGAAGGAGGUUAGGAAAUAGACUGAUCCAUCAGUAGGGAUCAUCAGGCAAACCCCCAGAGCAGUCCCUUAUAAGCAGUGUCCCCUGUGUACCAGCAUCCCUGUGUGUGUGACAUCCCUAUUCCUCAGCAUUUCUCUGUCCUUCAUUACAAAUAAGCAGCCUCAGGUUCCCUCAGCAGUUUUAGGUUCCUGUAGCAGUCUCUCUAGUCAAAGUUAGAGAACAACAGCCAUUGCUGAAGAAACAAGGUUCCCCUCAGUUUAUCCUCUCUAAUUCAAUCAAUAAUAGUUUCCAGUCAGUUUAAUCUUUAUUUCAAUAUAUAAUGUUUCUGUGAGAAAAAUCAUGCUGACUUUCAAGUAACUGGUUUGUAAAUGUAACUUUUUCAACACACUGUCUUUUUAUGGUAUAAAUUUAAAAAUGUAUAAAAUUUAGGUAUAUAUGCAUAUAAGUCUUACUGACUCCUUUGUUGUUUUUUUUUGUUGUUCUUUUGCUGUUUUUAGCAUUUAUAUAACUCUGCAGCAUUUAAAGCUCGAACAAAAGCUAGAAGUAAAUGUCGUGACAAGAGAGCGGAUGUUGGAGAAUUCUUCUAGAUUUCUGCAUCUUGAAGACAAAUACUCGUUUCUUAAUUCAAGAACUUUUCUAUAAUUUCCAAAGUAUUUAAUAAUUUUUAUCAUGAGGGGGUGGGGGAUUGGGUAACCAUAUAUAACUUAGAGAAAUUUUGUAAUGGGAUCUAAAUUCCUUAUAACAUUUAUUAAUACUGUGUAACAUUUAUUAAUGCAGUAUUGCAAGUGAGUGUAAUUAUUGAAGCUUCUUUGUAUAUAGAAUUAGUAAACUUUUAAAUAAACUUUUUAUAAUGUUU